AUGGAGUCACAGUGUUCCUGCGGGGCUGAGGCGCGGUCGCAGCGCGUGCUGAUGGUGCGCCGCCUGCACCCAUCCGUGACAAUGCCAGCGCUGCUCCAAACGUUUGGCGUCUACGGCGCCGUGACGGGCUGCAAGGUCUUCACCCACAAGAGCGGCCGCUCGGCCGGCUGCGCGUCGAUCGAGUUUGCGUCGCACCCCGCCGCGUGCGCGGCGCUGCGCGGCCUUGCGGGCGCGGUGCUUCACGGCAAGGCCGUCCAGCUCGACUGGUACGACCCGGCCCACACCUCCUGCCUGACAGCCGCGCCGGCCAGCGGCAGCGGCGGCCCCGGAGCGGCGGCGACGGGCGCGGGCGCUCAGCAGCAGCAGCAGCAGCAGCAGCCGCUGCUGAGCCCGCAGCAGCCGGCAAGCAUCUCGCCCCAGCACGUGCUCGCCCUUCACCAGCUGGCGCAUGCGGAACAGCAGCAGCAGCAGCAGCAGCAGCAGCAGCAGCAGCAGGGCGCGCGGCAGGAGUUUGGCCUCCCUUCCCUCGCGCUCGCGGCCGCCCAGCAGCACCAGCAAGGCCAGCAGCCGAGCCGCCUGCCAUCGCCACUGCCGCCCGGCGGCCCGAGGGCUCCCUCUGCCGCCGCGCUGCAGCAGGCGGGGCGAUAUGUGAGCUCUGACGGGUCGACCGGCUCGCUGGGCGGCCAGGGCAGCGGCUGGGGGGGCGAGUACCCCUCGUUCGCCGCCGAGCGCGCCGCGCCGCCGCGCGCUCCGCGGUCGCCAUCGCCCUACGGCGCUUCGCCACGCUCGUGCGCGGCAGCCGCGGCGGCGCCCAUGGGCCCGAGCGGCCGGUCGCUGUCUCAGCAGUCUUUGGGGGAGGCGCCGCACACGCCAGGGCACGCCGCGGCGGCGGCUGCCGCCGCCGCAGCCACGGCGGCCGCGCAGUUUGCCGUGUUCUGCAGCCUGCAGCAGCAGGGGACGGAAGCCGCAGCGGGGAUGGCGGGUGGUGCGCUGGGCUGCGGCGCCGCGGAUGCCGUCGGCCACCGCUUGGUGGACAGCCCGCGCCGCGAUACGGCGCGGAAGAGGCUGCAAAAACAGGGGCAGCACGAGGCCGCCGCCGCCGCCGCCGCAGCCCCAGCCGCCGCCAGGCCUGGCCUGAGGGUCGUCCUGCCGGAUGACUGCGCGGCGUUGGACGCCUUUGCGUUGGCGCCGCUGUCUGCGCCGCUCCCGCGCGGCUAUGGUGGGGGGCAGGUCGGGCUCUACGGGCAGGCGCACGCCGGCCCGUCGAGCGCGCACGCGUACGGCACCGCCCCGACAGGCGGCGGCGGCGGUGUGCCUGGCAGCGGCCUGUUUGGCGGCGGCACGGCCGGGGCGGUGGUGGCUGCAGCCACAGCGGCUGGCGGCUUCAAGGUGCUGCACGGCAUGUCACCCGGUGACCUCGCUUUUGAUGAGCCGCGCUGCGGCCCCGGGGAGCCGCUCAUUUCAACCGAGGUGGUGCCUGAUGCCCCCGGCCUGCCCGCGGCAGCUGCGGCGGCGGGCAUGGCCGCGGCGGCCGCAGCCAUGCGCUCGGCAUUUGCGGCGCAGGGACAAGGGGCCGGCGCGGCGCCCGCCCCUUGGCAGGCCGCCCCUGGCGGCACCGGCGGCAGCCAGCCGCACCCGCCGGCGGGCAUGACGCGGCACGGCAGCAUAUGCCUCGACGCCUGCGCCGAGCGCGCGGACCACAUGCAGAGCGUGCUCGGCAGGCUCCAGUCCGCUCAGGCCGAGGCUCCUGGGCCCCAGCACCAGCAGCAGUUGCUGCUGCAGCAGCAGGCGGACCUGGAAGCCGCUAUCAACACCGCCUUUCAGAUGCCGACGUUUUUCAGCCAGCACCGCGCGGCCGCGGGGGCAGGCGCGGAGCAGCAGCAGCAGCAGCAGCAGCAGCUGAGGCGGCCGCCUCGACCGGCGACCGCCGAGCCAAUGCACGGGCGCGGGCAUUGGGUCCCGCCGCGUCCGUGA